CGGGGAGGCCUGUCUACCAAGCUCAAGUUCGCCUUGGGUUCCCAGUCUCCGCCACCCUCCUCUUCCCCCACACAGUCGCUCCAUAGCACCUUCGGCGCCAUGGGUCUGCAGCGAUUCAGCUUCUUCGUCACCCUCGCGCUCGUCGCUCGCUCUCUUGCAGCCAUCGGGCCGGUGGCGAGCCUCGUCGUCGCGAACGCCCCCGUCUCGCCCGACGGCUUCCUUCGGGAUGCCAUCGUGGUCAACGGCGUGGUCCCUUCCCCGCUCAUCACCGGGAAGAAGGGAGACCGCUUCCAGCUCAACGUCGUCGACACCUUGACCAACCACAGCAUGCUCAAGUCCACUAGUAUCCACUGGCACGGCUUCUUCCAGGCAGGCACCAACUGGGCAGACGGACCCGCGUUCGUCAACCAGUGCCCUAUUGCUUCCGGGCAUUCAUUCCUGUACGACUUCCAUGUGCCCGACCAGGCGGGGACGUUCUGGUACCACAGUCAUCUGUCUACGCAAUACUGUGACGGGCUGCGAGGGCCGUUCGUCGUAUACGACCCCAAGGAUCCGCAUGCCAGCCGCUACGAUGUUGACAACGAGAGCACGGUCAUCACGUUGACCGACUGGUACCACACCGCUGCCCGGCUCGGUCCCAGGUUCCCACUCGGCGCGGACGCCACGCUUAUCAAUGGUCUUGGGCGGUCAGCCUCCACUCCCACCGCCGCGCUUGCUGUGAUCAACGUCCAGCACGGAAAGCGCUACCGCUUCCGUCUCGUUUCGAUCUCGUGCGACCCGAACUACACGUUCAGCAUCGACGGGCACAAUCUGACCGUCAUCGAGGUCGACGGUAUCAACAGCCAGCCUCUCCUUGUCGACUCUAUCCAGAUCUUCGCCGCGCAGCGCUACUCCUUUGUGUUGAAUGCGAACCAAACGGUCGGCAACUACUGGGUCCGUGCGAACCCGAACUUCGGAACGGUUGGGUUCGCCGGGGGGAUCAACUCCGCCAUCCUGCGCUACCAAGGCGCACCGGUCGCCGAGCCUACUACGACCCAGACGACGUCGGUGAUCCCGCUUAUCGAGACGAACUUGCACCCCCUCGCUCGCAUGCCUGUGCCUGGCAGCCCGACGCCCGGAGGUGUCGACAAGGCGCUCAACCUGGCCUUCAACUUCAACGGCACCAACUUCUUCAUUAACAACGCGUCUUUCACACCACCGACCGUCCCUGUGCUCCUCCAGAUCCUGAGCGGCGCGCAGACCGCACAGGACCUCCUCCCUGCAGGCUCCGUCUACCCGCUCCCGGCCCAUUCCACCAUCGAGAUCACGCUGCCCGCAACCGCAUUAGCUCCAGGUGCACCGCACCCCUUCCACCUGCACGGUCACGCCUUCGCGGUCGUCCGCAGCGCAGGGAGCACUACGUAUAACUACAACGACCCGAUCUUCCGCGACGUCGUGAGCACCGGCACGCCCGCCGCGGGCGACAACGUCACGAUCCGCUUCCAGACGGACAACCCCGGGCCGUGGUUCCUCCACUGCCACAUCGACUUCCACCUCGAGGCGGGCUUCGCGAUCGUGUUCGCGGAGGACGUUGCGGAUGUGAAGGCGGCGAACCCGGUCCCGAAGGCGUGGUCGGACCUGUGCCCGAUCUACGACGGGCUGAGCGAGGCCGACCAGUGA